GUAAAAACGCUCGAGGCGGAGCGUGAAGCGAACAUUCUGCUUCAGUUUAUUGAUCGGACGGCAUCAGACAGAUAUUUGCCCGCAGAUAUCUAAUACCACAGCUUAUUUUUUGGGAGGUUAUGGACAGGACGCUGCUCUGAAGAAGUGUGGAACAGACUAAGGUUACAGGCGAACACUCGGAAAUAAUGAUGAAGAAGGAUAUCAGUCUGACCCUGGUGGACGACGCAGACCUCAAACCGCAUCUCCGCGACGCCGAGAGCCUCCUCAACUCCCCGGAUUUGGGUCUGCUCAAGCUGGCUUCCCCAGAGCUAGAGAGGCUCAUCAUCCAGUCCAACGGACUGGUCACCACCACACCAACCAGCUCCCAGUUCCUCUAUCCAAAGACGGUGACUGACGAGCAGGAGUUCGCCGAGGGCUUCGUGAAAGCGCUGGAGGACCUGCACAAGCAGAACCAGCUGAACGGAACCGCUCAGACGAACAGCAGCCUGGAGCUCGGGGCUAACAUCCCGGCGGUGACCGUUCAGCCGGACCUACCGGUCUACACUAACCUUAACAGCUACGGCAGUGGGCCCCUGGGAACCACUGUCAACUACGCCACGGACACUGUACCGUUCCCGCCCCCUCCCUCCCAUCACCUGGGGACAGCCCCGCUGCAGCCGGAGCUCUCCCGGGUUCAGCCGCCGAAGGAGGAGCCUCAAACGGUCCCAGACGUCCAGAGCUUCGGGGAGAGCCCACCGCUGUCUCCGGUCGACAUGGACACGCAGGAGCGCAUCAAAGCCGAGAGGAAGAGGCUGAGAAACAGGAUUGCCGCCUCUAAGUGUAGGAGGCGCAAACUGGAGCGGAUCUCCAGGCUGGAGGAUAAAGUGAAGACGCUGAAGACCCAGAACACCGACUUGGCUUCGACCGCGAGCCUGCUGAGAGAGCAGGUGGCCCAGCUGAAGCAGAAGGUCCUCACCCACGUCAGCAGCGGCUGCCAGAUGUUACCACACGAAGUCCAGGUUCACUGAUGGGAGGGAGGGAGAAGCUCAGAGGACUUCAUUCUUGUUGGUUCUUCUGUAUGUAGCCCAGAUGCGCCCCCCCACUCCCACUCUGCCAGGCGACAUCAACCGGUCUGUACAGAGCCGGCCCAAUGCAUAAGCGAAUCAAGCAGCUGUAAGGAACCAAUCAGAGAGCUGCCAUUCUUUUAUAUACAGGCAGUUUCAGCUCAUUAUAAAGGUUUCAACGUUAAAAAUUUACACGUUGAACUUAAAGAUAUUGGUGAAUGUACUACUUGUAAAUAUACAAAGAAAUGUAUGGUAACAUAUUCACUAAUUCAUGCUCCGGGUUCCGUUUUUCUGUCGUUUGUGUCUGAAGUUGGGUUCUCUUUUUAGCGAGGAACGCCAAACGAGGCUAAGAGAUACUUGCGAAUUGUCUGGAGCUGUUUUUCAGUAUAAUCACUUCAGUUUUAGCCCUUCUUCCUAAUUGAACCAGAUUUCCAUAGGCUGUGUGCCGGGUGGUGGGUUUUACAGGAAGUGGCCAUCUGAACCAAAUUCCAGGUAAUGCCCUAUACAUUCGUGUGCUUACUGAGUGCUAAUGUUGUGUAAGACUGAUCAAAUGUAAGCAUACGUGGUAGAACACAACUUGAUGAAAGCUUUCAGUGUUUUCAGCCAUUGAUGUAGAACUGGGAUAAUUUAAUUUUAAAAGGAUUUCUUUGUAUCCCUAUUGUCUACAGAAUUUUUUGUUGGUUUGUUGUUUUAGCCAAAAAGAAGAGAAAUGAGUUUAAUUCGUAAUCCUGUUCUACCUCGUAUGUGUUGAAUAGUAUGAGCGGGGCACCUUUAUUUUUAAAAAUCUUGAUAUUUAGUCCUUAAACGUGUUUAUUGGCUGUAUUUAGUCUUGACGCUGGACCAAAUUGAUAUUUUUACAUUAAUAUGCACAAUUAACCCUCAUAAGGGAGGUGUUUGUAAGUAAAAAAAAAAUACUUGCGGUUUGUAUGAGAUAAUCUCACUAUAUAAUCUAUUUACUAUAUUGUAUUUCUGUAAAGAAAGAUUUGCAUGUAUUGGAUAAACUGGAACAUUGCCCUCAGCUGUGUCUUCUAGGCAACAUGUUUCUAUGUGUUUAUCUUAUAAACCUUUACACGUGUAUGUUUUUGUUUUGAUUUUUUUACUCUGUGUCCUUAUUUCUCUGUGUACUGAUAAAAAAAUGUGAAAGCUGCAACUUUGCUGUUGCACAGACUGUUGCUAUCACCUGUAGCCUACAGUUAGUUUGGGCUUAAUGCUGUGUUUUGAAUUAAAUGCUGCUCAGCAAUAAAGGUUUUGCUCUUCA